AUGGCAGGAAGCGGGGCGGACGAGACCUUCCUGCAUGACAUCCAGUUCCUCAUCGCGAACGAUGCGCAGCUCACGCAGGAUCUCUCGCAGCUCUGCGCGAUCCUCGAAGGCUCGUCAAGCGACAGCGAACAGAGCGCCCCACCGAGUGCCAAGCGCAAGACGGCCCCUCCGAGCGACGACGAGCCGCCCGCGCGGAAGCCAAAGAACCGCUUCCAGCACAGGCAGCGGCAAGAGAUCCUCGCGCUGCGCGACCAGGUGCGGAUGUUGCAAACCGAGAUGUCAAAGACGCGCCGCGGCCGGCCCGCCCCGACGCCGUCGCGUUGGGAAGCAAUCGCGAAGGAAGAGCGCCAGGCCAAAGCCGCCGUGCUGCACGAGAACGAGCAGCUCAAGGCCGCA